GGGGAGAGCUGAGCCGCGAUUAGAGGACGCGACUUCUCCCCAUGUCUUCUCUCGUGCUCAUGACCCCGAUUGAUUCUCUUCGCCGGAAAGUGGCGUUACUGCGACUUAUUGAGACAGCCCCCCCCCCAGUAGAGCGACGAGGGCGCAGCGCCUCAGUGCGCGACCGGCACAGGAGCAGCAACGGCUCCUGCCUUCCCUGCUGGCGCCCCCUUCCCCGCUCACCUGGACGGCUGCCGCGGCCCCCGCUCGCUGACAGACUCGCAGCAUCUUCGUCCUCGAACGCCAGGCACUGGAUUUUAAGACCUCUGAAUUUUCUGGUCCCUUUGGCCUACAACAGCUCCUGCAACAUCCGUCUCAUUUCUGGACUCUCUAUACAAUGUUUCAACCGAGUGCAGGCACCAUUAGCUUCCUCUGUUACGAAACCUUUGCUGUCUGUUAGUGAUCUGUCCUGUGGGUGUCCUCUCUCCAUCUUUAACAGUGUAACACCAUUAUUGCCACAUAUCCUUCAGCAGCCAGUGAGGACUCUCACAUAUUAUAGCCUGCGAAAAGGAAAGAGGAAAUCUGUAAAAUCUGUGGUCUAUAGAUUUCUCCGACUGCACUGUGGCCUUUGGUUAAGGAAAAAAGCUGGUUACAAGAAAAAGUUAUGGAAAAAGUCUAUUCCCCAGAAAAGACGCUCGAGGGAACAAGUGUUUUGCAAUAAAACACAAAGUAAACUCCUUGAUAAAAUGACCACUUCUUUCUGGAAGAGAAGAAACUGGUACGUUGAUGAUCCCUUCCAGAAGUAUCAUGAUCGCACAAACCUUCGACUGUAGAAAACCUGUCUCUUCUGUGUCUCAAUUCACACUUUUCUUUUUCCUCUUACUGCCCAAUACAUGUCAUUGUACGUGGGCUGGGAAAUUUUUAUGCAUUUCCAAAGACAAAUAACUACAGUCUCAUUUUUCCACAUUUACAUGUAACAUGCAAAUAUACGGUCUGAUUUGAAUUAUUGGUACAAACAUCCAAAAUAAACUAAUUCCAGAUUGUGAUUGGA